AUAUAUAUAUAUAUAUAUUAUAACAGAAUUUGACUAGUCCAAAUACCUUGUAAGAUAUCGGUGUAAAGUACUGUAGUGAUUAGUUGAUUUAGAAGUUCUUUGUCACUAGUUUAUUUUUAUUCUUUGCUUGUUGAUGUUUACAAUAUAAGUUGUGUUGCCCUGGCGGUAAAUCAAUUAUCUCAAACUAGAGAACAAAUUUUUUUGGCGAAUUUGGUUGAUUCUUGACUCACAGAUUAGUUGCGUUAUCACACUCUCCUUGCCUCUCUAUGUUGCUUUGUUUUAUCUUAUGGUUUCUUUAUAUACAUAUAUAUAAUAUUUAUAUUGCAUUUCAACACAUUUCUUUGCGUUUCUUCGUAACUAUAAUGUAUCUGUAUGACUGCUGGUAAGCACCUCGGCCCCCACGAUCUCUACACACUGAACCUAAACCGACAACAACAGACAUAUAUAUAUAUAUACGGUGACACCCCCUUCUCUUACUUUUGUUUCACGCUACAGUUACGUGCGGGCCAAGUCAGGCCAGACUUCCUACACCUUUGUGAUCCCCAUGACGGGCUGUGGCACCAGGACCUUCGACAACGUCGACGACAACGGCAGCACGAGUUUUGAGAACAUGAUUAUGAUCCAGAAUGAAGAGUUCGUGCAGGAAAUGUGGGACACGGCGCGCAAGAUCACCUGCGACUGGGCGACUAGGAUGGAAAAGCUCAUUACUUUCCGACCCUUUGCUGUCGACAUGCUGCAGGCCACAGAAGUGCGGUACUCAGGCGACGAUAUCAUGUGCUGGAUGGACAUUCAACUUGGGAAGGGACCCUUUGCCCAUACUCUCGAUGGUAUCGUUCAAAUUGGCGAAGAACUUGCAAUCGUGAUUUACACUAAGGAUGGAGGAUCGGAAUUUGACAUGCUGGUUAAGAACUGUAUGGCUUAUGAUUCUGAAGAUGUCAACGAUGAGAGGACCACGCGACUUCAGCUGAGUGACGAGCGAGGGUGUCUCCUUCGGCCAAAGCUGAUUACUUACUUCAUUCGGACCAUUGACACAGGAGCGACAGGAGCCGACAUGAUAGCGUUUGCCUCGCUCUAUGCGUUUAAGUUCCCAGAUAAGAUGGAUGUAUAUCUGUCUUGUGAAGUAGAGUUGUGCAAGGGGGAGUGUACGGACAUAUGUGACGAACCAGGAUAUCCCUCAAUAAGAGUAAACAUAAAUGAGACCACCACUACCACCAGCACUACGACUACUCGCCCACCUCCAGACAAUACAUGUCUGAUAGCACCUGGUUCAUCUCAGUGCUGUGCUAGGAAUCCUAAUCAUCCACAAUGUACAACAACUACCACAGAAAGGCCAGAUCCUUGCAUCGGGAGUCCAGGAUCCUUCCAGUGCUGUGCUAAGAAUCCUAAUCAUCCACAAUGUACUACAACUACUUCAACUACCACAGAAAGACCGGAUCCUUGUAUCAGAAGUCCAGGAUCUUUCCAGUGCUGUGCUAGGAAUCCUAAUCAUCCACAAUGUACUACAACUACCACAGAAAGACCAGAUCCUUGUAUCAGAAGUCCAGGAUCCUUCCAGUGCUGUGCUAAGAAUCCUAAUCAUCCACAAUGUACUACAACUACUUCAACUACCACAGAAAGACCAGAUCCUUGUAUCAGAAGUCCAGGAUCCUUCCAGUGCUGUGCUAGGAAUCCAAAUCAUCCUCAAUGUACUACAACUACCACAGAAAGACCGGAUCCUUGCAUCAGGAGUCCAGGAUCCUUCCAGUGCUGUGCUAGGAAUCCAAAUCAUCCUCAAUGUACUACAACUACUUCAACUACCACAGAAAGACCGGAUCCUUGUAUCAGAAGUCCAGGAUCCUUCCAGUGCUGUGCUAGGAAUCCUAAUCAUCCUCAAUGUACUACAACUACUUCAACUACCACAGAAAGACCGGAUCCUUGUAUCAGAAGUCCAGGAUCCUUCCAGUGCUGUGCUAGGAAUCCUAAUCAUCCACAAUGUACUACAACUACUACAACUACCACAGAAAGACCAGAUCCUUGUAUCAGAAGUCCAGGAUCCUUCCAGUGCUGUGCUAGGAAUCCUAAUCAUCCUCAAUGUACUACAACUACCACAGAAAGACCGGAUCCAUGCAUCAGGAGUCCAGGAUCCUUCCAGUGCUGUGCUAGGAAUCCUAAUCAUCCUCAAUGUACUACAACUACCACAGAAAGACCAGAUCCUUGCAUCAGGAGUCCAGGAUCCUUCCAGUGCUGUGCUAGGAAUCCUAAUCAUCCUCAAUGUACUACAACUACCACAGAAAGACCGGAUCCUUGCAUCAGAAGUCCAGGAUCCUUCCAGUGCUGUGCUAGGAAUCCUAAUCAUCCUCAAUGUACUACAACUACUUCAACUACCACAGAAAGACCAGAUCCUUGCAUCAGAAGUCCAGGAUCCUUCCAGUGCUGUGCUAGGAAUCCUAAUCAUCCACAAUGUACUACAACUACUUCAACUACCACAGAAAGACCGAAUCCUUGCAUCAGAAGUCCAGGAUCCUUCCAGUGCUGUGCUAGGAAUCCUAAUCAUCCACAAUGUACUACAACUACCACAGAAAGACCGGAUCCUUGUAUCAGAAGUCCAGGAUCCUUCCAGUGCUGUGCUAGGAAUCCUAAUCAUCCUCAAUGUACUACAACUACCACAGAAAGACCGGAUCCUUGUAUCAGAAGUCCAGGAUCCUUCCAGUGCUGUGCUAGGAAUCCUAAUCAUCCUCAAUGUACUACAACUACCACAGAAAGACCGGAUCCUUGCAUCAGGAGUCCAGGAUCCUUCCAGUGCUGUGCUAGAAAUCCUAAUCAUCCUCAAUGUACUACAACUACUACAACUACCACAGAAAGACCAGAUCCUUGUAUCAGGAGUCCAGGAUCCUUCCAGUGCUGUGCUAGAAAUCCUAAUCAUCCUCAAUGUACUACAACUACUUCAACUACCACAGAAAGACCAGAUCCUUGCAUCAGAAGUCCAGGAUCCUUCCAGUGCUGUGCCAGAAAUCCUAAUCAUCCACAAUGUACUACAACUACUUCAACUACCACAGAAAGACCGAAUCCUUGCAUCAGGAGUCCAGGAUCCUUCCAGUGCUGUGCUAGGAAUCCAAAUCAUCCUCAAUGUACUACAACUACCACAGAAAGACCAGAUCCUUGUAUCAGAAGUCCAGGAUCCUUCCAGUGCUGUGCUAGGAAUCCUAAUCAUCCUCAAUGUACUACAACUACCACAGAAAGACCGGAUCCUUGUAUCAGAAGUCCAGGAUCCUUCCAGUGCUGUGCUAGGAAUCCUAAUCAUCCACAAUGUACUACAACUACUUCAACUACCACAGAAAGACCGGAUCCUUGCAUCAGAAGUCCAGGAUCCUUCCAGUGCUGUGCUAGGAAUCCUAAUCAUCCACAAUGUACUACAACUACUUCAACUACCACAGAAAGACCGGAUCCUUGUAUCAGAAGUCCAGGAUCCUUCCAGUGCUGUGCUAGAAAUCCUAAUCAUCCACAAUGUACUACCACUACCACAGAGAGACCAGAUCCUUGUAUCAGGAACCCAGGGUCUUCUGAAUGUUGUGCUAUACAACCGAAACAUCGAGGGUGUGUCACAGAAGUACCUUGCUCUGGCCCUAGAGAUACGAGACCACACUGUACAACCACAUCACAACCACCAAGUACAACCCAAAACCUGGAAAACCACGCCUUCCACGCCUGGUUAAACCGACCCCCAAGUGGACCUCGUCGUCGACGUCCGCCUUACGGUACCCGACUCAGUCCUGAACUACUGGCGGAGCUACGAAACCAACCCCGACACCGGCGCGACGCGAACCUCCCUCUUCCUCCUCCUCCUCCUGCCAAGACUACGGUCUCCAUCAUGCGAGGUUUCCGUGUUGUGGGGGCUAAUGACCUGACCUUCUCGACUAUAUCUUCGUCUCGGCAGGCUACCUUGCAAGCCGACAGCGUUUGUAUACCUAAGGGCACCUUCACCUUCGGUGUGUUCAUGCUGUCUUCGUUGCUCAUCACUGCAGUCCUGGUGGCUACCGUAACGUGCCUCAGGCUGAGAACUUCGGCGCCCUAUAAAUCCGUGGAGACAGCGAUGCCAUACAGCAGACAGUAAACUACUACUACUACCUACCCUGACCUGACCUCUCUAACCUCCUCCCAAUCCCGGCUGCUGGAUUCAGCCGUGAAUGGGGUGGGCACUUAGUGCCCCCUGGCGACCCCUGCCCGCCUGGCUGUUGCUGGCACUAUCCUGGUGGACUAAGGUCGCCGCCUUUACUUUGCUCUGAACGCGGCAUUUGGACGGCCACCUCCCAGCCCGCUCGAGAACCACUCAUAGCCUCACAACGGCCUCCAUAUUGAGAAUGCAUAAAAACUACUAAUUUUGAUCAUCUUUUGUUUCAGUCGGUCAGCUCAGUCAAUUGUUUGUGUGAUUAUACCUAAUCACUCAAACACAUAAUCACACAUUGUGUUUGUGUGAUUAUAACUACGUGAUAUAUGCUAGUUAGGGCUACUUGUCAGAGUUAAAUUAAUGUAAUUUUGUUUAUGCCGAGAGCUGAACUUCGUAAGUGCUACAGAAGUGUGGUUCAAUCACUUUGCUGCUACAAGAGACACUGUGUGACGCUAUGACAACUUCUAGACUAAAAAGGUUUUCCCGCUUCGUGGAUGUGGUGCCAGGUCCAGGCGACUCCAUGCUCCCUUGUGCAAACAUUGCUAUUUCUGCUUUUGUAAACCUUCUGAAUUAUUAAACUUUGAUGCCAAAUAAAGUGUAUGAUAACCCUUCCAAUUUCACCAUUUGCUAAACAAUUUAAAAAGGAAAACAAAUAUAUAUGAAUAACGUUUGUAACUAUCAACUAAAUGCUAAUGAAAAUGGGACUAUCGACCAAGUAACAAAAUAUAAAAAGCACUGAACAGGAUGUAAAGUACCGUACGUAGUUUAAUAACCAAGAUGGCAUACCAUCAGUAGUAGUAGUAGAACUAAAGAAUCUAAUCAAAUUUCAUCUUAAAUAAUAAUAAUAAUACAUAAAACCAUAUAAAUAUUUUUCUAUGUAAACUUUAUAUUCUAGUAUUUAAAUAGAUGCUUGAAACACGGAGACUAAAUCCUAAAACAUUUCUCUAUGUCAACAG